CCCAAUGUUCCUUUGAAAUUCUAUGCAUUCGGAAUUAAUCUUGACACAGUCGAGACACUGGCGUUAUCUGCACGUGACAAACCAGAUGGAUAUGAUUGCGACAAUGAUCGAAUAACUAAUCCAUUCAAGACAUGGUCUGCAAACACCUCCCAUUUGCUAUUCCAGAUAACUUUGACUCGUGUUAUAGCCUCUGGAACCCUGCUAUUUUUAUGUACAAAGGAGAAAGAAGAAAACAAGAGUCAUCGAUGGAGACAUAGAGAAACCAUUUACCCUGAAGGGAUCAAGCUUAUUUACUCAGACUUCGAACUUCCUCCCUAUGCCAUGAUCAUCAUAAUGAUUAUUGCUUUGAUUUUUUCGGCUUGCUUCAGUGGACUUCAUAUUGGUCUGUUGAAGCUGGACAAAGUUAUGCUUCAGGUUGUGAAAACCGCCGGAUCCCCAGAUGAGCAGUCGUAUGCGGCAGUUAUUAUGCCGGUGAGAGAAAAUGGUAACAGAUUACUAUGCACAUUGUUGCUGUCGAACGUUGCCGCUAAUGUAGUGUUUUCGAUUACGGCUGACAAAGUCAUCGGAACUGGAGCACUGGCCAUCACAGUGGCAACCUUGCUGAUUGUGGUGUUUGGAGAGUUGCUACCUCAGGCUCUGUGUACAAAUUACGGUCUGUUGAUCGGAGCGAAAACCGUACCUUUGACUCAGUUUUUACUGUUCAUCACCGCACCGGUAUCUUAUCCCGUGAGUCUUAUACUGGAUAAAAUUUUUGGCGAGGAAAUAGGACAAGUUUACAACAGAGAAAAACUUAAGGCCCUCAUAUUAGCACAGAAGUCCUAUGGAUAUGUUGGCGAUGAUGAAGUGAACAUAAUCACUGGUGCCUUGUCCAUGAAUACCAAGACAGCAGCUGAUGUCAUGACACCUAUUGAUGAUGUUUAUAUGUUGCCCCACAACGCCGUUCUGGAUUUUCAGACAACGAACGACAUAAUAACGCACGGAUUUACAAGGGUUCCCAUCUAUGAGGGCAGUAGAAGCAACAUAUGUACAGUGCUAAAUGUGAAGGAUCUUGCGUUUGUAGAUCCCAAUGAUCGCAUACCUGUUGCAACUGUGUGCAAGUUCUAUAACAGAAAAUUUGUUGAAGUUGAUGGAGGAAAACCACUUUGUGAAAUACUUCGAAUUUUCAAGCAAGGAAGUUCGCAUUUGGCAGUCAUAACUGCAUCCCAGAUGUCAGAUGAUUCAACCGAACAAAAAGCGCGAACAAUUGGAGUCGUCACACUUGAGGAUAUCAUCGAAGAAAUACUGCAAGAAGAGAUCAUUGAUGAAACGGAUAUAUUCAAUACCAAGUCCUUCAGCUCACAGUACGUACAUAUAUACAUACUACAAAGCCUGUUGAACGGACCUGUGCUACGAGAGUAUGAUUUCGAGCCACAAAAUACCAAACAGAACAAACUCUACGUUGCCGGUGAAGCUGCAGUUUGUGCAACUCUCGUUUUACAAGGACACCUUUUCGUGGAAUUUAGCAAAGAAGGACUACAGUUCGAAACCGGAGCGUUCACGUUUUUCGGAGAGACAAUCUUCAACGAGAUCAACACGAUUCUUCCCGAAAUGCCAGAAGCUUGGAACCUUUCUGAACUACUAAGCAAAGUAUCCAGUGUCACCCAGUUCAUCCCUGAUUAUACUGUGACACUACAAAGCACUGUUCAGUGUCUGGAACUUACAGGUGAACAUUAUCUUGUGGCACGGUACCUCUCGGACUGUCUUCAAAAAGAUCCUAAUCCCGAAGAAUUCUCCUGGAUAGGCCAAAGUAACUACUUUCGCGAUGCAUGGGAAGCACGCCAGUCUUCAUCAAUGGGCAGUGAGAUAAAGGAAAGAAGCAGACCCCAAGAGUUAUGAAAUACUGCCAUUAGAGGUCAUUGAGGUCAGUGGCUUAUUUACUUCGCAAGUACCAAGUGGUUGCACGAAUCCAGGAGUCAUUCACAAACGACGUGGGUCAGCUGCUCACCCAGUUGGGAAAGGAAUAAAAGCAACAGUAUUGAAUAGUUGAUAUUGUUCAUUCAGUGUUAUCAUCGUUUUACAAUCGUUUUCAGUUGGCUUUUCUUCAUUCUCUUUAUCUUCGCUACAUUCUUGAUCUGAGGUGGAAAACAGUAGGACCAUGACAAUCCAAUGUCUUACCGGGAUGACAACCUCUGAUCGUUUCUCAUUUUCCAGUUUUCUUUGUCUUUUCUCUUCCUCUUUGAGGCGUUUGUUGCGUUUUCGAGUUGCUCUUUCUUCUUUCAUUUUGUUUCCGACUGCUCGGACACGUUUCUUCUCUUCUGUAUCGGCCAUGCGUUUUGAGAAAGAUGUUCGGAUGCCUUUGCCUUUCUUGAUCGCGCUAUGUCUUGGGUGAGAAAAGUGGAUGAAGGAAUAUGGACGGUCACUAGUGGGCUUGACCUUUAUAAAUGGUAAAGUGCGUCUGGGUAAAAAAAUACCAGUCAUACAGGGGUAUGAAAAACACUUGCAUGUGGACUUUUCGGCCAACCAUUGACCAAAUAGCU